AUGAAGCUGUGUCAAGAGGGACGAGUGCGGAGCUAUCUUGGAGUUGUGUAUUUGAAAGAAGCACACCCCAAAGUUUUUGGACUGACGUUAGGAGCUCUCAAGGCAAUUGAAAUUGUCAAUAGCCAACUGGAGCUUAAAACAAUAGUUGCUUUCACUCUACUUGUUGUGAACUGUCUGCAUCAACAUGCAUCAGUCCGAAGAUGGAGUUGCUGUCCACAACAAGAUGAGAAGGUCAUGCAACUUGCAGUUCCCAAUUGCAAGAAUGCAAAUGGAGGUUCUUGGCAAUAUGUGUUAACAAAAGAGAAGGUGGGGGCGAAUUCAAACAAGAAGAUCGAUACACUUGGUGAGUUCGUUGGCAUGACUGUCUUGAUCAAUUCUAACUCUGGAUUGACAUUGCAUGCUUGUGAUCAUGAAACAAAGAGAGCAAUUUGGGUGAUGACAGACGUGCACUUGGAUACUCAUUACUCCACUCUUAACGAACCAAAUAUUGAGAAUAGUGUCCUUGGAGUUUCUUAUGGGAGGAAGUUUAUUUCAGAAGGCUCUCUUUGUGGCAAGAAACGGCGGUGUUUGUCUUUAUAUAGAGGCCGACUUCAUGCCGUUACAGUUACAUGGCAUCAUGACUUGUGUGAGACCAAAUCUAGUAGCGUGCUUUAG